CACAGUCACACUACAAACACGAACCAUGAGGAAGCCACCCAGCAGGAAGCCGGGAACUCCAGUCCACACUGACGCUAGUACAACCAAAGCUGCAGCCUGAAGAAAUCACCGCAACCGCUGAGCUGAGCCAUGGGGGUCCCUGGAGGUGGUAGUAGCUGGGGCAGGGUGGUCGCUGCUGCUGCCUUGCUCUUGGUUCAGUUAUGUGGCUGCGUUGCUCCGGUGGCAAUGGCGGCCGCGGCCGCCGGAGGCGGCAAAAGGGGGCCGGGCGCCAAGUACAAGGACCCAAAGCAGCCGCUGAACACGCGGGUGGACGACCUGCUGCGGCGGAUGACGCUCGCCGAGAAGAUUGGGCAGAUGUCCCAGAUCGACCAGGAGAACGCCACCGCCGACGUCAUCAGCAACUACUUCAUAGGGAGCGUGCUGAGGGGCGGAGGCAGCGUGCCGGCGGCGGACGCGCCGCCGGAGGCGUGGGUGAAGAUGGUGGAGGGGAUACAGCGCGCAGCGCUGUCGACGCGCCUCGGGAUCCCGGUGAUGUUCGGCAUCGACGCCGUCCACGGCCACGGCUACGUCUACAAGGCCACCGUCUUCCCGCACAACGUCGGCCUCGGCUGCACCAGAGACCCUGAGCUCGCAAAGAAGAUUGGAGCCGCAGUUGCAUUGGAGGUCAGGGCCACCGGAAUCCCCUUCAUCUUCGCUCCAUGCCUGGCGGUGUGCAGAGACCCUCGGUGGGGUCGGUGCUACGAGAGUUUUAGCGAGGACCCCAAGCUGGUGCAGCAGAUGGCCUCCAUCAUCUCCGGCUUCCAAGGAGAAAUCCCAACGGGCGGCUGGCGAGGAGCCCCGUUCAUCGCCAGCCAGCACAAUGUGGCUGCAUGCGCCAAGCACUAUGUCGGCGAUGGCGGCACGGCAAGCGGGAUCAACGAGAACAACACGGUGGCCACCUUCCAUGAGUUGCUCGGCAUCCACAUGCCACCCUACUACAAUGCCAUCAUCCAAGGCGUCUCCACCAUCAUGGUCUCGUACUCGAGCUGGAACGGGAUCAAGAUGCACGCCAAUCGCUUCCUCGUCACUGAUUUCCUGAAAAACAAGCUUCGAUUCAGGGGUUUUGUAAUCUCGGAUUGGCUAGGACUUGAUAGGAUCACAAGCCCAGAACAUGCUGACUACCCUCUCUCCAUCAAGCUGGGUAUCCUUGCUGGCAUUGACAUGGUCAUGAUUCCGUAUCAGUACGUGGAGUUCAGGGACGAUCUCAUGACGCUGGUGCAAAACGGGACCAUCCCGAUGAGCCGGAUCGACGACGCCGUCCGCCGGAUCCUCCGCGUCAAGUUCACCCUGGGCCUCUUCGAGAACCCCUACGCCGACACGAGCCUCGUCGGCGAGCUCGGGAAGCAGGAGCACCGCGACCUGGCGCGCGAGGCCGUGCGCAGGUCCCUCGUCCUCCUCAAGAACGGCAAGCCCGGCGAAAAACCGCUCUUGCCGCUGCCCAAGAAGGCCCACGGCGGCAGCAUCCUCGUCGCCGGCAGCCACGCCGACGAUCUCGGCAGCCAGUGCGGCGGCUGGACCAUCAAAUGGCAAGGCAUGACGGGGAACAACCUCACCGCCGGGACCACCAUCCUCGACGGCAUAAAGAGCGCCGUCGUGCCUGGCACGGAUGUUGUCUUCUCCGAGAACCCCGACGCCGGCCUCAUCCAGCAGAACAGGGGUCGGUUCGACUACGCUAUCGUUGUCGUCGGCGAGCAUCCCUACGCCGAGACGUCAGGCGACAACCUGAACCUGACCAUCCCGGCGCCCGGGCCGGCCAUCAUCCAGAACGUGUGCGGCAGCAUCAAGUGCGUCGUCGUGCUCGUCUCCGGGCGGCCGCUGGUGGUCGAGCCGUACAUCGGCAUCAUCGACGCGCUGGUGGCGGCGUGGCUGCCGGGGACGGAGGGGAAGGGCAUAAGCGACGUGCUGUUCGGUGACUACGGGUUCACCGGGAAGCUGUCGAGGACGUGGUUCCGGUCAGUGGAUCAGCUGCCUAUGAACGUUGGCGACGCGCACUACCAUCCAUUGUUCCCGUUUGGUUUUGGGCUUGAGACAAAGCCGUCGACAUAUUAGAGGGUGUUUUGGAGCUGCGGUAUCUCAUUGGAAGUAUUGGAAAUUUAGUUCAAAUUUGAGCUAAAUUCUUAGACUUUCCUGUAAAAUCCGAACAGGCCCUUAAUGAUGAGAAUAGACUCGUUGGUUAA